GUAUCGAUAAGGGAGUUGACAUUUAAUGAACUUUUCACCGAAUGUCGCCUCGCAGCUCCGGGAGCAAAGUUAUCUUAUGCAAUACGGAAUAAACUCGAGAGAUUUUCCCUGGACGACAGAUGCGAAAUAGUUAAUAGAACUAAAGACCAUUGUGCACCCUUAUUCAUCGCUUGCAAGAAAGGCAACGUUGAAAUUGUUGAAUAUCUCAUCAAACACUGCAGUGCUGAUGUAGAGCAGAGAGGUAUGUACGAAGUUCCUGACGAUAGAUCUAUUCAUUUUGUGACCCCCUUAUGGUGUGCAUCUGUGGCAGGUAAAUAUAAUGUUGUGAAAUGUUUAGUGGAACACGGAGCGGACGUAAACAGUAUCUCGGACACUGGAUCUACUCCCGUGAGAUCGGCUUGUUUUAUGACGCAUUAUGAAAUAGUUGUUUAUUUAGUGCUACAUAAUGCUAAUAUAUUGAAACCUAAUUACAAUGGAGGCACUUGCCUUAUUAACUCGGUUCAGAGUGUACCUCUAUGUGAAUUUCUUAUUGACCAUGGUGCAGAAGUAAAUGCUCAAGAUAUCCAGUUAAAAACAGCUCUGCACUAUGCUAUCCAAGAACAUCGCUUUGAGACUACCAAGCUUCUCUUGGAGAAUGGAUGCAGACCCUCUUAUAAAGAGUAGGUACGGUGAUGAUGCUUUACAGACUGCAUGUCUCAAAAGCGCCACUCAUGUAUUUGAAUAUUUAAUUGAGAAAUAUAAUUAUUCCAAAGAGCGCAUAGCUGAAGCACACGAACUAAUGGGUACUACCUUUCUUGAAGAACAUCAUGACUUAAGAAAGGCUUUAUAUCAUUGGCGAACUGCUCUUUUAAUCAGGUAUGAAGAUCCAGCAAAUAGACUAGAGAAGAAGAAGAUUGAACGGAAAGCUCCUUACCUGUACGCAACGGAAUUUGAUACCGUAGAAGAGCUGGAAAACCUUGCGUUAGACUUGGACAUCAUGAGAAUACAAUCACUCCUUGUGUGCGAGAGAAUUUUAGGACCAUUACACAGAGACAUGAUUUUUCGUUUGAUGUACCGUGGUGCUGCUUAUGCGGAUAGUUUACAAUAUCAGAGGUGCAUAGAUCUUUGGAGAUAUGCCUUAGAUUUACGCAUUCAAAAGGAUACUUUGUUACACACAGAAGCGUGCUUUUCUGCUCAAGCCUUGGUGAGACUCUUUCUUGACCUACACGAGAAACAUAACAAUGGUACUCUGAGGGAACGAAUACAAUUUGCUGAUGUGUACGAGUCGAUUCGAUUGCUGGUUUCUCGAUUUGACGAAUCCAUAGAACUCUUGAACGUUAGACCAGUUUUUAAGAAACAGCAGGAAUAUUUCGACAAAGUUCUGAAAGUGUUGUCUCAUCUUUUUUAUGUUCUAUUUGUUAUUCCUAAAACUUCUGAUGAAAUCACGGCCAUGAAACAAAUUGUACAUCGUGUGCUACGCAUCGAUCCUCGGACUUCUUCUGGUGAUACAAUAUUACAUUUAGUCGUUUCAAAAACAAAUACUAUGAAAUCAAAUACGUUUUUUGAGGAUCCACAUGCAGCUAUUUUCCCGCAUGCGGGGGUGGCCGAACUAUUGUUACAGUGUGGUGCGAAUGUGGAAGCCAUGAAUUGCAACCUGAGUACUCCUUUACAUAUUGCUGCUAUCAUAUCCAAUUACAAUCCGGCUGUUAUUGAUAUUCUUUUAAGGUACGGAGCUCACAUAGAUCGUAGGAAUGGGACUGGAAAUCACCCUCAUGAUAUGCUGCAGGAAAUAGCCGAAUGUACUCUAAACCAUCUACAGUACAUUACAUUAAAAUGCUUGGCAGCACGUAAGGUAAUAGAAAAAAAAAUUCAUUAUUCUGGGCAAGUUCCUGUAGACCUUGAAGGUUUUAUUAAGAUUCACUGAUACUUUCUUUUAGUUUUUAUCUUCAAGUUUAUUACUAUAUAGGAUAUUAAACAAAGAUUAUUUUAUAUUUGCACAGUGAUUUAUGUGAAAGUGCCACUAGUGUAUGUCCUAAAUUUUAUAAAUCAAAAUAUAUACUUAUUUUAAUUGUUAAUUAUGAAAAGAGACUUUAUUGAAUAUAAUGAUAAACAUACUGCGUUCAUAAAUGUGUCUGAUUAGCUACGUACAGCUAUCAAGCUAUGAGUAUUUUUUUCUCCUUAAAUUGUGAUCACUUUUAAGUCUUUUUUUAAAAAUAAAAUAUUGGUUUUUAUGCUUCUUGAAUUUUCUGCAUUGUUUUUUAUUUUAAACAAUUUAGAGCUUAUGAUCAUUUUAUAUCUUUUUUCUUAUUCUUUGAAAAUUGCCUUUUAUUAUUUAUAUUGGACAUUUCAUGAAUUAACUAUCAAUUGUGUAAGGAAAAGAAAGUACGCCUUCACUUUUUUUAGCAGUAUGUUUGUUAUAUAUGAACAAAUGAUGUUUUUAUAUUCAUUGUUUUCAAAAUAAUUUCUGUAACAUAUCUUUUUGUUUUAAACUGGUGUCAAUGUAUGAAGUCACUUUUAACAUGCUAUUGGCUAAUACUUGAUUAUUAUCGUUUUUUUAAAUAAUAACUUAAAAAUUUCCCAUUCUGUAUCCUUUUGAAAGCAAAUUUAUUGUUUUUUUUUCAAAGUCUUUAUAAAAAGCUAAUUAUUUUUGGCAAGAAGUAAUUGAUAAUUGUACCUUACUUUUUAAACUCAUUUUAAAAUUAGUGAUUAAAAAUAAUAUGAACGUUUUGUAGGCUAUCUUUUUUUAUUUUGCAUGUGACUUGAAAUUUAGUCUGCAAAAAAUGAAAAAUCUGUUUUAUCAAAGCAAGAGUUUCUGUAUAAAAGUAUUAUACUGCCACAAAAUUUAAUACAUAUAGUAAGUGUGCCAAUAUGUAGGUAUUUUUCAUGUCAAAAUGAUUCAAACAUUUUAUUUCUCAUGUUAUAGGAACUAAUUGAACAAACGUUAUAUUUUUGUUAGAAAUGGUGCUCAUAAACAAAUUUAAAUAUAUUGUGAUUUAUUGUAUCUUAAGUGAUAAAUUUCAGGAUAUAAUAAAGUAUUUGUGAAUUCAGUUAAUUAUAAUUGGGUUUGUUUCUAAAUAAUUUCUUUUUUAUAUUAAGUCAACAAAUUAAGUUUUGAAAGUUUAGAAAAUUCCUUACAUAUCAUCUGCCUAAUUAUAUAUAAAUAAUUCAUUGCUCCAAACAAUUCCAUUAUACAUGAAAAGCAAGACACAAAGUCAAAUUUCACGCAAAGUUUUUCUAUCUAAAAGGAAAGGGAUUUAUAAAUGUUAUAAAUGAGUGAAACCGAACUCAUGCUUUAAAUACAGUUAAGACUUGUAAAAUUUUUUUUGUUAAGACAUUUAUUUUGAUGCUUAGCAUAUGUGGUUUUUACUGUUUGAAAGGGAUAAGGGGUACGAAGUUUUUGUUAGAUUAAUUUGCAAUUUUGAAAAUGGGUUUUCAUGUCUCAAAAAAAAAAAAAAAAAAAAAAAAAAGAACAGCUCACUGUUAAGUUGCAUUGAUCAUUGUUUUCUGUAAAACGAUUUUAAUCCAGGGUUGGGUUUUGGACAGGACCGGUGGUUUUUACCUUCCAAAUGUUUCACUGUCCAAAAGUAUGCUAAAGCUAAAGGGGUCUAGUUUAAUCAAUUUGUAUUUGCUUCAAUAUUUGUAAUGCAUAAAUAUAAAUAAGUUUUAAUGAGUAUUUGAUAAUAUUUUUCUCUGAAAU